CCACUUAGUACUUUCCCACUAAGCGGCAGCUGUCAUACAUCGAUACGUACAAGAACAACUCUCAUAUGAUUCAAAGCAACUGGCAGCUGUAUUGGUCACUAUGGCUUUACCACCCUCAAUCACAUCUCCAGCUCCAGUAAACAUGCUAGACGACGAAGCCGUCGACGCGGACGCGGAUGCAGGCGACCUUCCCAUGACGAUGGCCGCAUCAGUAGUCCUCACGACACUCCCCAAAGACGCGCAUGCAGCACUAGAGAAGGCAGGAGAUCUGGAUGUUGAAAAGGUGACUGUGCGGUUCAAAGCACUCCCUUCCGCACCCGUAUUACGGCAAAACGCUUUCAAAGUCAAGAGCUCGCACAGAUUCGAUUUUGUGGUUCGUAGUCUGAGAAAAAAAUUGGGUGUUAAGGAUUCGGAGAGCGUGUUUUGCUAUGUCAAGCAGGUGUUCGCGCCCGGGUUGGAUGAAGGGGUGGGAAACUUGUGGAGGUGCUUCCGUACAGAUGGUGAAUUGAUCGUCUGGUACAGUGUCACGCCUGCAUUCGGAUGAGGCAAUGAGAGGAAUGAGAAGGCACGUUGGUCAUGAUAGGUGAGGCCCGCGAUGAAUAUAUGGUGUGACAUAUUUGAUUGACUAUGUGAUGCAGAAU